AUGGGACGCUCUGGGGGGAGGGGUGUAGUGUUGCAACCACAGCCGUCCUGUCAAUCCAGCGCUGAAAUAUUGCCUUCAUUUCCAGUGUCUUCUACAAUAAGCUCUAUUCUCUCCAGACUUCAGUCUGCAGAGAGCUCCAACAGAGACAGGUGCAAUUCAGACUACUCCCAGAAACAAAAUGAAUGUUUUACCAUUAGUGCUGGUGCUUUUUGCAGUUUAUGGACAGUCACGACGUAUUGGAAAAAGGAAACCGCAAAUAACUCCCCUGGCUGGAAAUGA